AUGGCACAACCAGCGGGGCUUGAUGCAGCUGACCGUCCAAACGCUGACAAUAGCGUUACAAACGAGUCCACCGAAGCUCAAGGAACCCAUGCCGCUAAAGCCAGUUCUUCAGAAACAGAAGCCGCUCUAGCAACCGGUAGCAUUGGAACCGAUAUCAAUGGUCACGGGGAUAUCGACAGCCCUCAUGCCGACCAGAUGUUCCAACUUGUCGUGAAGUUACCUCAUCACCCAUUCAAAAUCCAUGUAAUGGUCUCUACGCAAGAGCAAGUACAGGAUAUUCGUCAAUCCAUCAUAGAACUCCCAGAUACUUUCCAAUACUCUUGCUUUCACCUCGAGCACAACGGAGAAAGAAUCAAUGACUUCGUCGAGCUUUCCGACGUCCCUGGUAUCACACCGGACUCAGAGCUCGUCCUUGUCGAGGAUCCAUACACCGAAAAGGAGGCAAGGAUUCACCUACUACGGGUUAGAGAACUCAUCGGUGCUGCUAGCAGUAGGAUUGAUCUAAUGGCUGGCGUCAAUGCCGGCCAGACUCUUUUCUACAACAUCUUUGAUGAGCUUGAGACUACCGAGGCUAGCCGUGCGCAUUCAAUGGUAGACUAUGAGUUCGAAGCACCAGCUUCGCUCCUCGAUAUGCUCCCAGCUAUCCCUCAGUCGCCUCCAAAGACCAUCAAAACCCUCUCAUUGUCGCCAUGGAACCCUCCUCCACAUAGCCUACGGCAGCGGGGGCAUCUAUUAUAUAUACAAGUGACUACCUUAGAAGGAGAGCAGUUCCACGUUACCUCCCACGUUUCAGGCUUCUAUGUCAACCGUUCGAGCAGCAACAAGUUCGACCCGUUACCUAAAACCUCCCCCCGUGGGUACUCCGCCCACUCCCUGCUCGAGCUAAUUUCCCAGCUUUCCUCUGAAUUUCGCACGGAAUUCAAAAAAUUACAUGAGUUCCAAUCCAAAAAAGACCCACUUAUCACAUUCCAACCAACCAACGCUAUUCCGGCAUCUCCCUGGCUUGUUCCUGCCCAAUCCUCUCCUUAUUUCUCCCAUUCAGCGGACAUAUCUCGGUCCCAGGAAACUUUUUUGAUUGCUGGAACCGAAUCGAACGAUACUCUGAGAGACUUCAACGAGGAGUUCCAAUCAACUCGAGAGCUGCCGAAAGAGACAGUCCAAGAGCGUGUUUUCCGAGAGCGUCUUCUUUCCAAACUAUUCGCCGAUUUCACGGAUGCUGCCGUUAGAGGAGCUGUGCUCAUUGCUAGAGGAGAAGUUGCCCCUCUCAACCCGACCGAAGGGAGAGACGCCCAGAUCUUUGUUUACAAUAACAUUUUCUUUUCCUAUGGCGCAGACGGCGUUGGCACUUUUGCCGCUGAAGGGGGUGACGAGGCUGCUAGAGUUGCCACAGGGAAGGAUAUCUUGGGGGUGAGGAUGGUGAAUAACCUGGAUAUUACGGGGCUCUCGACACCCGGGACGGUGGUUGUGGACUAUCUCGGCCGAAGGAUCGUCGGCCAGAGUAUAGUCCCUGGUAUCUUUAAACAAAGGGAACCCGGUGAAACUCAGAUUGAUUACGGCGGUGUCGAAGGAAAGGAUGUUAUAGCUUCUAAUGAAAUUUUCGUCCCCGCUUUCGAGCAACUGAGCAAAGCGAUGCGGGUUAAGCCUCAUCCCGUCUGGGAUAAGGAGGGCUCCCGACAUGAUCUUGUCGCAAGUGUCGAGACCAAAGGUCUGCUAGGUACCGACGGACGGAAAUAUGUGCUCGAUUUGUAUCGCACCACCCCGUUAGAUAUCCUCUUCUUAGAACAGCAUUGGGAAAAUGAGGAGGCAAACACACGGUAUCCUCAUAGAAUGGCUGUCUUACGCUCUGAGCUUAUCGACAGCAUGUGGAAGGUUAAAAUGAGACAAUAUGUCAAUAACGAUCUCGAAAAAAAGAAAAAAGAAGCUGAAACAGGCGUCUCAACAGACAGCAACAAGGACAAAAAAGAAGAACAGGAGGCUAUUGACCUAUCGGGGCUCACGUUUUCUCUUAACCCUGACGUUUUUAGCGGGCAGAAGCCACAUACCGAUGAAGAAAAGGACCAGUUCGCGAAGGAUGAGGAAGAUGUUCGACAGGCCUGUCAAUACCUAAUAGAUAAAGUUAUUCCAGGACUUAUCGACGACCUGAAAAAAGGCGAUGUGGGGUCGCCCAUGGAUGGGUACUCUCUGUCUAGGCUGAUGCAUAAGCGAGGUAUCAACAUUCGAUAUCUUGGAAACAUCGCCAACCUUGCGGCGUCGGAAGGACAGAAAUUACUCGCUGUGAAAGUAUUGGCAGAACAGGAAAUGGUUGCCAGAGCAUGCAAACACCAUCUCAAUUCUCUACUCAGAGAUCUCCCAAGCCCCCUUGUUACGUAUUGUGUAGCCCACUAUCUUAAUUGUUUGUUGGGUACCGGUCUUAACUCUGAUCCUAAGGCCGAAAAGGAUGAUCUUCUAUGGGCGGUUUAUUCGAAGGGAAGCUUUGAGUUUGAGGCCCUGACCCCGGCGGCGGUUCAGAAAGCUAUUGAGGACCAAGUUUUCCGCAGAUAUAGGUUCAAACUUGCGGAGGCAUGGUGGACGAGCAUCAAGCACAAACAAAUUCUACGAGAAAUUUCGUUGAAAAUGGGGCUCCAACUAUGCGCAAAGGAGUAUGCUUUCGACAAGACGGCUGCACUUACCCCCCCUCCUCCACCUACCACCACACCAUCCACCCAACCUACUACCAACGGCCAAUCCAAGCAAAGCUCAAAGAAAAAGGGCGGUCAAGCACAACUAAACACCACGACAGCUCCUACCGCUCAACAACAAUUAACCUUUACUCAAGAAGACAUUGUUAAUAUUGUUGCUAUCGUUAAGGAAGCCUCACCCAAGAGUCAACUUGCAGAAGAAGCUCUGGAAGCAGGACGCAUAUCCAUCCUGCAGGACCAAAGAGAGUUGGGUCAAGAGCUCCUACUCGAAUCAUUGUCCUUGCACGAACAGAUAUACGGCAUUCUCCAUCCAGAAGUAGCCAGGGUGUAUAAUGCGCUAGCUAUGAUUUAUUAUCAAUUGGACGAGAAGCCAGCCGCCGUCGAACUAUCUAGGAAAGCGGUUCUCGUAGCAGAACGGAUAUUGGGCGUGGAUAGUGCGGAGACUAUUCUAUCAUAUCUCAACUUGGCAUUGUUUGAACAUGCCAGUGGGAACACAAAUGCCGCCUUAGCCUUGAUUCGCCACGCCCUAAAAAUGUGGAAGAUUGUUUAUGGAGAAGGCCACCCAGACUCGGUUACCACCAUGAACAAUACUGCCGUCAUGCUACAGGCUUUGAAGCAUUACCAUGACUCGAGGCUCUGGUUUGAGGCUUCGCUAAAAUUAUGCGAAUCCAUCUUCGGCGCAUCGUCACCAAAUACUGCAACUCUGUCAUUCCAACUUGCACAGGCCCUUGCUCUUGACAAUGAAUCUAAGGGAGCAGUGUCUCGGAUGCGAGAUGCUUAUAACGUUUUCCUUCAAGAAUUUGGUGCAGAUGAUAGGAAUACAAAAGAGGCCGAAAACUGGCUUGAACAAUUGACACAAAAUGCCGUGAGCAUUGCAAAGCAGGCAAAAGACUUGCAGAAUCGCCGUCUCAGACGAGUAGCGAUGACACCAAGGGUAACGCUGGGAACGAAGCCGCAACCUGGUUUAGGGCUUUCGGCAGCCGAUUCGAUGAAGCCCGAUGAUCCAAUUUCCAGAGAGGGAAUUGAUUCACGUAGCAUCGAUGACUUGAUGCGGUAUAUCGAAGGCACGGAUACGAAGAAAACACCUGGUUCAAAGAAACAACCUGGACGUGCUAAUCCCAAGAGACGAGGCGGGAAAGCUUAA